AUGACUUCGAUGGUGUUGGUGCAUGGUGCGUGGGGCGGGUCCUAUGGGUUUCGAAAGGUGCGACCGCUGCUCGCAGCUGCGGGGCACGAGGUGUUCACGCCGAGCCUGACCGGCAUUGGUGAGCGCUCCCAUCUCGCCGGACCCGACGUCGGUCUCCAGACUCAUAUCCAAGACGUCUACAACACGAUCUUCUACGAAGACUUGACCGACAUCGUGCUACUCGGAUUUAGCUAUGGCGGCAUGGUAGUGACCGGUCUCAUCGAUCAGAUCGCCGAUCGAGUGCGUCAUCUGGUGUACCUGGACGCGCUGCUUCCGAGUGACGGGCAGAACGCGCUCGACGUCGUUGGCGCUCCGGCACAAGCCUGGCCACACCGGAGGCCACCGCCUGGUCAAACGCUCGCCGCGCCAAACCAACCCACGCUCACCUUCACCCAGCGAGUAAGCCUGGCGACACCGCUGGAAGAUCAGCCGUUUACUCGCACCUACAUCAAGGCGAGCGACGAUCCUGGCGAACCGGCGGACUCGGCCUUCUGGCAGAUCGCCCGUGACCGAGACGCGUCACCGGCAUGGAACUACCACGAGAUCGCCACCAAUCACAUGGUCCCAAUGAUGCGACCUCGAGAACUAGUCGACAUCCUGCUCGCACUCUGA